CCGCAGCUCCCGGCGUACGCGGCGCUGCGGGCGCGGGGCCGGCAGGUCCGGGGACAGCUCCGGGAGCUCGAGGCCGAGGAGUCCGACCUGGAGCAGAGGUUCUACCUGGGGGCCCUGCAGCUGCCCAACUGCACCCACCCCGCUGUGCCCGUCGGGGACCAGAGCCAGGCCCGGGUGCUGGAGGUGGUUGGGGAGAAACCAGUGUUUGAUUUCAAACCAAAGGGACACCUGGAGCUGGGGGAGGGGCUGGACAUCAUCCGGCAAAGGCGCCUGUCCCACGUGUCGGGCCAUCGCUCCUAUUACCUGUGCGGGGCCGGGGCGCUGCUGCAACACGCGCUCGUCUCCUUCACCUUGGGGAAGCUGUUGCCCAAGGGUUUCCUGCCCAUGACGGUCCCUGACCUGCUCCGAGGCGCCGUUUUUGAAGGCUGUGGGGUGCAGCUCAGUGCCACCCCCUCCCCUGUUUACACCAUCGACCCGUCGCGCUUUGAGGACCUUUGCCUGGCUGGGACCUCGGAGGUGGGAAUUGCAGGGUAUUUCAUGGACCACGCGGUGCAGCUGCAGAACCUGCCCGUCAGGGUCGUCUGCUCCAGCACCUGCUACCGCGCCGAGACCGACACGGGGCGGGAGCCGUGGGGGCUCUACCGUGUCCACCAGUUCACCAAGGUGGAGAUGUUCGGGGUGACGGCGACGGAGCGAGGGACAGAGAGUGAGGAGCUGCUGGCCGAGUUCCUGGGACUGCAGAAGGAAAUCUUCUCGGAGCUGGGGCUCCAUUACCGGGUCCUGGACAUGCCCACGGAGGAGUUGGGGCUCCCCGCAUACCGCAAGUUCGACAUCGAGGCCUGGAUGCCUGGACGGGGCAAAUACGGGGAGAUCUCCAGUGCCUCCAACUGCACCGACUACCAGAGCCGGCGGCUGAACAUCAUGUACAGCGACGGGAGGGGCCGCCUGCGCCACGCCCACACGGUGAACGGCACAGCCUGCGCCGUGUCCCGGAUGCUCAUCGCGCUCCUGGAGAGCAACCAGCUGCCGGAUGGCCGUGUCCGUGUCCCCCCCGUCCUGCAGCCCCUGGUGGGGCAGGAGGUGCUGUCCCCACCCCCCGCGCCCCUCCUGCGCUACAUCGGCCCCAACCAGCCUGGGGGCGGCCCCGGGGGGGACCCCAAAAACAGGGCGGACACUGGGGGGGCCCCCUGAGGCGAGGGGAGCCCUGGGAGCACCACGAGGGCAGGAGUCGGACAGAACAUGGAUGGACAUGGGCUGACACGAGACACACGUGGGACAAGACAGACGUGAUGUGGAACACGUGUCACGUGUGGGACACGUCACGGGCGGGAGACCCCCUUGUCUGCGUCCCCCGUGGCAACAAGCUCUGAAAUAAAGUCUUGUACCCCCCCCUCGUAAGCUGCAA